UCGAAUAUUCGUACUAAUUUGUAUUAAAUUAACAUGCGUUGAAGGUUGGACUAUCUCUGAAUAGUUACAAAAGGAUAGAAAGCGUUGGUAACACGUUACCUUCGCUCUACUCUAAAAGAACAUCCGGCCUGCGAGAAAAUAGUAACAGGGGCUCGAAAUGGAAACGAGAUAGUCGAGUUUGGCUUGCAUUUCUAUUUACGACGUAGUUCGUUAACCCGUGCACAGCUUGAAUACGUGACGCUUAUAUCACGUCUAUGAACGACGUGCAUAAUAUACGUACACGUGCGACGAAUGACAAUUAAUUGAUCUCUGGAGAAAUGUCGCUCAAAGAAUAGAACGUAAACGAAUCGGAAAAUUUCGAUUCUUAUGAAAUAAUUUUUACAAAUAUUAUUUUGAAUCUUUACAAAAAACAUCAAGGUGACGUAGGCGAUGGCUUCACAGACGAUGAUAGAAAAACUAUAUAGAGUCGGGGAUAAAUCGGACAGUUCGCGCGCUACUUUUCAAUUGACUAAAUAUCGAUUUGACGACAAGUGUAGCCAUAUGUGCAUCCCGCGACGAAGCAAUAGGUAUCUCGGAUUACACAGCCGCAGUCGCAAUUGCAUUAACACGGUCUCGAGCCAAUGCCAUCGGCAGUCCACGCGUUGCAUCCGCCACACAACACAGUGCCGCCACAAAUCUCUCGCGCGAGUGUAAUUUCACUUAAAUUUAAUUAACUCAGAAAUUGAGAUUUCCGACCGUGUUGUCGUAAAUGCGCAAUUUAUAUCAAAGUCCGGUGAUUAAUAAAGGUCUUGCGUAAUAGUGCCGUGUCACAUAAGACCGGUUUCGCCAAAUUUCUAAUUAAAAAGUGUUUUAAUGCGACUUGCACACAUAGUAUAAUAGAUUAUAUUUAAAAUAUAAAUAACUAAUUUUUGUAAAAGAAUUUAAAGAAUUUAAAGAAUUCAUUAAAUGAUUAUAAUAACUAGGAUUGUUCGAGAUUGAUUUUUCAGUGUGAAAAUAAGUCAACUGAUGGUAUGGUCCGUAUCAAUCAAGAAGAAUCGAUGCAAAUCCGGUUAUUGCCAAUUAUAAAAUUACUACGGACGGUUUCUCUCGUUUGUUGUCACAGGCAAAGUAAAGAAUGUAAAUGAUUGAAGAUCUAACUAUCGAGGUCAUCGUAAAAAGUAUAAAGAUUACGUGUAAAAUAUGGAAGUAAAAUGUAUUGCGUAUUGAGAUAAAUUACGUAUUUAGAUUAAAUUAGUAUUUAAAUUGCUGGAACAACUUUUUCAAUGCUUGCUAAUUGACACCGUAAUUCUGUAGUACACGAUAUACAGUGAUGUUGGAUGACAACGAUUUAAACGAGCGCGACUUUUAAGCUCGACUCGAAUGUACGCGGACAGCUUAAUUCUCGAGUAAAGUUCCGUUUGAAAGGAUUUGAGAAAUGAUAGAGUCUUGAAAGCGGAUGAGACGAGGUUAAGCCCAUAAGAGGCCGAGGAAACAGGGAGGAGCACCGAAAGUAGAUACUUCGAGAUAUCGACCGGUCUGGACCGUUCUACGCGUCCGCGCUACUGUUACCAUUUUCUUGCACGCUCCUUGUUCGCAAUUGGAAAAAGACUGUACAAAACGUCAUUCUUUUCCCGUACAGGAAAUAAGAUUGCGAUCCGCUUUUUCUCGAUAAUUCCUUCCCUUUUUAAAGCAGCUGUCCGUUAACUUAUCUCCAAUCUCGCGCGCAUACAAAAUCUAUAGUCACGAAAACUAAAACGUAAGGAUAAAAAAAAUCGCGUAUGUAAUAAUAAUCUUUUCACGUUGCUUUUAAUUUCAAAUAGAUAUAAAUGUAGUAACAUACAUUUUCUGAACUUGCGGGGAAAUAAUUUCCUAGAGUUGUGCCGUUCUAUGGUGACUAUGGUAUCAAGAGUCCGCGUAAUGAAGCAAAUAGAUUGAGAUACUGAGCAAUACCCAGAGCGAGAAACUCGUCCAUUGUCAUUGAAACGUUCCGCCUGCCAACCCAAUUGUGGCGAACAAUAGCCGCGAUCUGCCCGAUCAAUCCAAUUAGGAACGGCUUAGUUAUACAACUCCUCAGCUAAUUAAUAUCAACGAAUUCGCGUGAAUUAAUUUAAUGUUAUCAAGUGAACUUGUGCGUAUCAGUUUCUAUCAAAAAUACAUUAUAAUUUGGUGACACAUGUAACUUUUUCGAGAUAUACAAUAAAACGUAAUAAAAAUAAAAUAUAAUAUUUAAUAGCUCGGUUGUUCAAUUAUAUUUUCGUUAAUGAUUCUCUUAUAAUAAACUAUCUGUUGUUAAUAAUAAUAAAAGUAAAAUUUUUAAUAGAUAGGUUAAAUAGAAUAUCGAGGACACACACAGUUAUAUUCGGUGAAAACAAUGAAAAUUCGAUGAGUCAAGACGUCAUCAUAGUUGAAAAGCGAAAACAGAAAUAGCACACUCGUGUGAAUCGACUUGCGCAAUCACGGGCGCAACAGUCGACGCUCGUUAUUAAUCGAAGUAGGACACGGUAUAGAUGACAUGUAAAACAUUUAGGAAGAAGCUUUUUUAACAAGCAAUUACUAAAUUAAUAAACAAUUAAAUAUAUAUAGUAUAAUAUUAAUAAUAAUGAAAUUUAAAACAGUGAUUGUGCAAGAUACAAAACUAGAAGUUUCUGCGUAAAGAAAGCAAAAAACAUCCGUUUAAAAAGAUAAUUUAAAGUAUAUUAUUUCUCGUCGCGUGCAAAUUUAUUUUGCAACAAUCAUCAUGGAAGUCGAAGUGAUACCAUUCAUCGACAGUAAUAUAAGCAGAAAAGAUAUACUGCCACGACGGAAUAGCAGAGUGCAAAUUAUUCAAAAAAAAGGAACAUCACUCUUCAUCAUCAUGAGCUUCAUCUAUGCGAAACUGCUCGUAGUCGUGUGCAUCACUUACGUGAUAAGCGAAGUGGUGACGCACAAACUACCGCUCUACUAUUACGAAGGAUUCUUCACAUAUCUUUAUGGCAUGAGUAUCCUGUUUCUGUUGUACGUCUUCUGCUUCCUCCUUCAAGAAAGCGCCUGUUGUGCAAGAGGAAGUGAUACACCGCCACCGCCACCAAGGCCACCUAAAACUGGCUGGACCUCUAAGGAAGCUAAGGACAAGAAUAAGAAGAAAGACAAGAAAGAUAAGGAUCAAAAACAGCCGAAGAGCAAAAAGGAAACACAGGAUGCAACUGAUGUUGAAGCUGGUGUAGCUACGCGAGUCUUGCGAAAACGAAAAACCACGCAAAACGACCAUAGUCAUGGAAGUUUCUUCCUAAGAAUUGGCGCAAUAGCUUUCGGACUGGGUACUAUGGUAUACAACGGUUUGGAAUUCGGCGCAUUCUUCGAAGUACCACCCACGUCACCUUGCUAUCAGAUAUUACAAGGCGUUAAUCCCGUAUUGCAAAUGAUCUUCACCUUUAUGCAAAUGUACUUUAUCUUCAUGAAUUCCCGGUUGAACAUUCAUCGCUUCAAAGUCAUCGCUCGUUUCGGUCUCAUGCACGUGGUCGCGACGAAUCUCUGCGUAUGGAUACGCACGCUGGUUCUGGAGAGUCUCAAGGAGAUCACUCAGUAUCAUAAAAAACUAGGCCAGGUUCAAGCGGGGAUUCUCGAGAGCAUUAAGCAGCACUCGAUGCGAAACGCCGGAGCAAUACUGGGUACCGAGCCACGUGACAUGGCGCAAUUACGAGAGGCUCCUCUCGUGGCCUCUACGAGGUCGACGACCAUCGCGCCGACUGUCACGACCGGCACGACCGUGGCCGCUCUGGGCCGCGUGAUGACGACAACGGCAAGAUCGAUCGCGGAUGCGUUUACAACGCCGACCAGCAUGUCCACGAACACUUGGACGAAUCCGUCAACGACGACACCGUCAACUACCACCUCGAUAUUGCCUAAUCUGACCACUAGCGCGGCAACGACCAUGUCGACUAUCCUGACCACGUUUACACCGUCAACUACUAGCACUUCCACCACUACCUCCACAACGACCACCGAGAGGAUCACCACUAUUCCAACUACAACGAGCACCACCAGUACCACCACUCCGUCCACUACCACAUUAUGGUCUCAGAUUAUGGAGUUCAUGAAUGUGCCGCAAGGCGAUAUGGAUAAUCAGGUACCGCAGAUCUUUGACGUGAGCAACUUGACAAACAAUAGCGAAUACUGGAGCCCGAAUUUAGGUAUCUACGCGGAGGCUUUGACAGAAGACGGAAUGGUGUCCAAUUCAUGUGGCCGCGUCAAUAUCAUGGGAAGCAUUGUUCAGGACGCAGCACCGUACUUGUUCCCAUUUAUAAUCGAAUACAGUUUGAUCGGAGCGGCGGUGAUCUAUGUCAUGUGGAAGCAUAUCGGUCGGCAUCCGCGUUGGCCUCAUCAAACCGAAGCGGAUCUUGAACGUCGUCUGGAGGCCAUGCUCUCUCGAAGAGCCGUCGCUCUUGCUCAUGCAGGUCACACCAGAGUCGAUUGCGUGGGAGCGAGCAAAGGUCUCUUCUUCGGACUGCUUCUUCUGGUUGGUUCCUUGAUAUGCCUGAUACUCUUCUUCGUACUGAUUCAUCAUCCGGAGCUGGGUUUGCUCGCGAUCUAUCUCGCCGACGUGUCUCACUGCGUACUAAUGGCGUUAUCCAUCAUUGCCAUAAUCAUCGGCUUCAUCCGCGUGCAGAGUCUCAAGUUCAAAGCCGAGGAGCAGAGCGAUCUUAACGAUAUCCUCCUGCGCGUCUCAGCCUUCGGUCUUUUCAUCUACGCCGUCUUCAGCGUGAUUGCCGGCUCCCUGGCGGCCUUUACGCACGAACCGAAUUUGCUGGUGAUGGUGACUGGAUUGCUUUCAGUCGCCCAGGUGGUCCUCCAGAUGCUGUUUAUCGCCGAUGUAUCGCGCAGGCGGGUUCACUUGCCGGAGCACGAUCGCAGCAAGCCCGGCAGGCAGGUUGUCACUUUCCUGCUGAUCUGCAAUGUAACUAUGUGGGUGAUCUACACCUUUGAGGCUCAGAAGGUCAUCGCCAACCCGGUGCAGCUCGAUUUCUACGGAUUCCUGGCUUGGGCUAUCGUGCAAAGGGUCACUCUGCCACUGUGCAUCUUCCACAGAUUCCAUAGUGCCGUGACGCUCGCCGAGAUCUGGAAGACCAGCUACAAAGCGCGUCUGGAGUAGACGAGCGGGGAAUCUCGUUAUGGUCAAUCGUCCGGAGUGGUCGUCAGUAGGAACAAAAGAGCGAGCGCAAGCUGGUCGGGAUGCUCGACGACCUCAAUCACAUACAUCGAUUUCGGAUCUCAAAGAAAGGCAAAAGCUUGAAAAGGGAGAGAAGAAGAUUGGUUGAGGAAGUCGGCGGUAAAACUGAGAAAUGAUGGAUCAGCCGGAAUAAUCAAACAUAUAGCGUGUUUAACAUGUCCGUUGCACGAAGAGACCUUCAGAUGAUAUCCUGGUCGUUGAUAAUUGUUGAAAAUUCCAUGAAUUCAAGUUGGAGAGAUUUAUCUCGUUGAAAAUAUCUAUAUCGACAAAGAUAGAAAGAAAUAGAGAGACAUCUGAAGAGACACUUCAGUGAUACGUUCAAAGUCGAUCUGAUAUCCUCAAAGAGGAGUUUUCGUGUAAAGUGGAGCCAGAUAUGAUCGUGUCGAACCGUAAACUGUUCCUUUAUCUCCUGUUUUGUGUACAAGUUGUAUUUCUUUUUUUUUUAUGUUAUCUUAGCAUCAGUAGAGACGACGAGGAGAGGACCUGGACGAUCGACGAUCGUGUCAAUGAUCUUGUUGAUCAGAUAGGCUUUUGCCGAUUUCGGCGCAAACGAAGCACAAAACAACAAAAAUAUUAGCGUUUCACGAAAUACGAUUGCAUUUCCCUUUCACCGCGUUUCUCACCUUACACAAUCUCUAUACUGCCACCAAAUUUUCUACUUUUAUAUGUAUUAUAUGUAUUGUAUGUAUUCCAGCAUAUGUAUCUUCGCUCUAUCGCGCAUCAAUACUAUAGACAAUUCAGUUCAUGCUCGCGAGAAUUUAGAUUGUUCCGAUAAUUGCCCGGCAAUUUUCUUAUUUCAUUCAUUAUAAAGAUAUAUCGGAUCGCUGUGAUAUAUGCGUUUGUGAAAAUUUGAGUCGGUUUUGACGAUGAAAAUCUCUUUCUAUUCGUGCGUUAACGCAAUGUUUAUAACUAAAUAUUUCAUAUUUUUAUAAAUCUUGAUAUUUAGCGGAUGAAAUUAGCUUUUAAGUUUACAGUAUUUAAUUAACAUUCUCUGGUAUUUAUCUUACAAGAUAUUAAUUAAUUCGGAAUUAUAAGAUCGUAUUAAAUCGAUUAGCUGACUAUCGAAAAGAACAAAUUCAUUUUUGUACUUUAUCAAAAUAAUUUCACACGAUCAUAAAAUUAGCGAACGGAAAACUUGACCUAUUCAAUACACUACGAAUCAUCCGCGUGGCGGUAGCAUCCUUCGUGGUCAAAGUCUAACUGAAGAAAUCUUGAGAGAUUUUACAUAGAAUAGGGUAAUUUCGCAGAGCUGUAUUUGCUUAACCGAAAGAAAUUACGCGACAUUUUAAUCUCACGAUAGAUCCCUUUAUUCUCUCGAGCCACUUCACCCGAAACGCGAGUGCUUCCUCGCGUUCACGAGCGCGCAAUUAACGAGAGAUCCGUCCCUUCAAAAGGGACACGCAUUUGAAAGAUCUUUAUCAUUGUUUCUCGUUGCGUGCUACAGAGUACAAAAUUGUUUCUGAAACUUUUCGAAUCCUUUCAUUGAUAUACUUUUUCAACAAUCGCGCUCUUCGAAUAAACGCGCCAACGACAUCGCUGUAUCUUCGUCGUGUCUUCAUCGCAAACAGUUGGCACGAAGAGGCACACACAUUCAAAAUAUAAUAUUGAACGGAGAAUCAAUGAAGAAAGAAAGACCGCGUAUUCGAAGCCAAGACGAGCGAUUGUAUAUAGCGGAUAUUUCGUUUUGGACUCGCCAAGUAUUCCGAAUGGCAUAUACUCGAGGAAUUUUCGAGGAGGAAAUUACGCGCUAUGAUGCAGAUUAUGUGACUAAGACGUAUGUAAGGUAAUGAAAGGGGAGUCAAGAAUGCGACUUCGCGGCAAAAAGGCUUAUUCACAGCGGAAAGCGAUUCGUACGUGUUUAUCCUUUCAACUAUAUUCUGGCACAUACGAUACGAUGUUCGCGAACGUCAAGGCUUUCCGUUGCGAAUGGCUUAAUUCUUUGAGGGGCGAUGGUGCAGCUUAUGUAUGUACUUCACGCGAAUAUGUAUAAGUCACAGUGUAAUGUAUUAGGUGCCACGACUCUUUUGUGCGUUUCUAUGUUGGUGCGAUGUGGUUUAAUUUGUGAACUACAGUGCCUAAGUUUCGCUCUAAUAGUAGCUUCUCUCUUUCGGAGGUCCUGCACAAAAUACGCUUUCUCGGCCCCUGAAAGAGUUAAGAAAGAGAAUUUGAGGGUAGGGAA